CAACGCAACCAUGUCUUUCUUGGGUAAAAAAUACACAUUCGAUAGAGAAGAAAACUUCGAUGGGUUCCUUAAGUUUGUCGGUCUCCCCGAAGACCAGAUCCGGAAACUUUUGCAGUUCAAGCCUACAACUACAUUGAUCAAGGAAGGCGACAAAUACAAGACCAUCACCGUCGACAGCAACGGUACAAAGGAGACAGUUUUUGAGUCCGGUGUGCCUUUCGACGAAACCAUCGAUGGUGUAUUGACGAUAAAAACCACGUACACAGUUGAUGGAAACACCGUAACUCAUGUUGUAGAGAAUCCCAAUGGCACAGCAACAUUCAAAAGGGAAUACGGUGACACCGAACUAAAAGUUACUAUCUCGGCCGAUAAAUGGGACGGCGUUGCCUAUCGAUACUACAAAGUUUAAAUAAAUUCUAUUUAUUUACAUUUUUAAUUUCCAAAUACAGUUACUAUUUUUUUUAAU